UGGCGCACAUGGGCUAUAAACUCGGGAGAAUGGAAGCUUCAAAUUAACAACCGGGGAAAAUUUAAUAAAAGGCCUGAUACUUUUUGUGCACACAUCAAGGAUAUUUACAGACGUAGAAUCCUCCUUUUUUUUGUUUCAGUGCCUGCGUUAGCUUUUGUUACCUUUUCUUUUUUUUUAAUGGGAUUGUCACUUGCAGAUCCCCCGUUUAACCUGCUGUUCGGGCGGGCUGAGUUGGACUUGGGAGAGAAUUGUUUUUAAUGUCAGUUUCUUCUUUCUGUACUGUACCAGUGGAUUCAUUCGUUUUAUGUAAACCUCCUGUUGCAUAAUGAUGCGCUGAGAGUGAAUUGGUUUUAAAUGCAAAGUGGAAUCUUGCGAGUCGGGUCAUCUGUGGAUUUUCAGGAAGAUCUCAGAUAGUGAUUAGAUUUGCCUUCCAAGUCAGUCCGGGACCUGGUGUUUUCUGAUUGCAAUUUGUUUCCAUGUUUUUAGGUCUGUGUGAUUUUGCUAAAAUGCAUCACCAACAGCGAAUGGCUGCCUUAGGGACAGACAAAGAACUCAGCGACUUACUGGAUUUCAGUGCGAUGCGAAACAGCGAUUUGAAAAUGUUCCCAACAUCAAUGAUGUUUUCUCCCCCAGUAAGCAGUGGAAAAAAUGGACCAACCUCCCUUGGAAGUGGACAUUUCACAGGCUCAAGCCUUGAAGAGAGAGCAGGCUCUGGUUCAUGGGGAAACGGAACUCGUCCCAGCCCAUCAAAGAAUUAUGUUGAUGGUUCUCAGUACAAUCACAUGGUGAAUAGGGACCUUGGGUCACAUGACAGCAUUUCCCCUCCAUACGUGAACUCCAGAAUAGCAGGCAAAACAGAUAGAGGGUCCUAUUCGUAUGGAAGAGAUUCUAACUUACAAGGUUGCCACCAGCCGAGCCUCCUGGGAGGAGAGAUGGGCUUGGGCAGUCCGGGGGCUAUUUCACCUACGAAGCCAGGCUCGCAGUAUUAUCAGCACUACUCCAGUAAUAAUCCGCGGCGGAGACCACUGCACAGCGACUCAAUGGAGGUCCAGACAAAGAAAGUCCGGAAAGUUCCCCCAGGUUUGCCAUCCUCAGUGUACGCCCCAUCUGCAAGCACUGCCGACUAUAACCGGGACUCACCAGGGUAUCCCUCCUCCAAGCCACCCAGCAGCAGCUUCCCCGGCACUUUCUUCAUGCCAGAUGGUCACCACAGUACUGAUCCAUGGAGUUCCUCCAGUGGAAUGAACCAGCCUGGCUACAGUGGAAUGCUGGGAAACUCAUCACAUGGCCCUCAGACCAGCGGCUACUGUGGUCUGCAUCCACACGACAGACUUAGUUACCCAUCACACUCCUCAGCAGACAUCAAUUCCAGUCUUCCUCCGAUGUCUAGUUUUCAUCGCAGCGGAGGAAAUCAUUACAGCGCCACCUCCUGUACGCCGCCCACAAAUGGAACAGACACCAUUAUGGCUAACAGGGCAGCAAGCGGAGCCGCGGGCAGCUCACAAACUGGCGAUGCGCUGGGAAAGGCUCUGGCAUCUAUCUACUCUCCAGAUCAUACCAACAACAGUUUCUCAUCAAAUCCUUCCACCCCUGUGGGAUCGCCCCCCUCACUCACAGCGGCAGGCACAGCUGUGUGGUCCAGGAAUGGAGGACAAGGGCCAUCGUCGCCAAACUAUGAAGCUCCACUGCACUCUUUGCAAAGCCGCAUUGAAGACCGUUUGGAGAGGCUGGACGAUGCGAUUCACGUGCUACGCAGUCAUGCCGUAGGGCCUUCCACAGGCAUGCCCAGUGGGCACAACGAGAUGCACAGCUUAAUAGGACCAUCACACAACGGUGCAAUGGGAGGUCUCGGCUCUGGAUACGGCACAGGGCUUCUCUCAGCCAACAGACAUUCAAUAAUGGUUGGAGCACACCGUGAGGAUGGAGUGGGGUUGCGGGGCAGUCACUCAAUUGUGCCUGUUUCCCAGCUCCCAGUACAGUCAGCAACAUCACCAGAUCUGAGCCAGCCACAGGAUCCAUACAGGGCCCUCUCCACGGGACUCCAGGGCCAGAGCACCUCUUCGGUGAGCUCCGAAAUCAAAUCCGAAGACGAGGGUGACGAAAACCUGCAGGACAGCAAGUCCCUGGAUGAGAAGAAGAUCGACGAGGACAAGAAGGACCUCAAGUCAAUUACUAGGUCAAGAUCUAGCAAUAACGACGACGAGGACCUGUCCCCGGAGCAGAAGGUCGAGCGGGAGAAGGAGAGGAGGAUGGCCAACAACGCCCGGGAGCGGCUGCGCGUGCGCGACAUCAACGAGGCCUUCAAGGAGCUGGGCCGCAUGGUGCAGCUGCACCUGAAGAGCGACAAGCCGCAGACCAAGCUGCUCAUCCUGCACCAGGCCGUGGCUGUCAUCCUCAGCCUGGAGCAACAAGUCCGGGAGAGGAACCUGAACCCCAAGGCAGCCUGUCUGAAGAGACGGGAGGAGGAGAAGGUUUCGUCCGACGGACCUCCGCUCUCCCUCGCAGGAGCACACCACAGCAUGGGGGACGCCUCCAAUCCCAUGGGACAAAUGUAAAAAGAAAACCAUAAAAUGGUCCAAGUUGCCGGAGUUCUUCAAAAUGAUGAGCGACCAGUUCCUUUGACAGCGUUAUCCUUAUCCCACCACUCAACCAACCAACACUUUUUCCCACCCCCUUCUUGUGUAUAGUAGAGAUGAACGAAAGUAGCUUAGAAACACAGACACAAGAGAUUUCUCAGCAUUCCCGAUUUCUAGAAAAAAAAAAAGAGGAAAAAAGUGCAACUUGAUGAACGACUCUCUAAACAUAUCAUUAGGAAUGUUCUAACAACGUUGCAAGCUGUUGAGUGCAGCCUUCAGACUGAAUGGCAAUCUUAUCCACACUGUGGAACAAUGCAGUUGUGCCUGAACUUCUUUUGGAAUAAAAAAAAAAACAGUAUAUAAUCAAUUUGUAGGUAUCGAGGGAAAAAAGGAGAAGAUAUUUAAUUUAAGAAAUUGUAAAACUUGCAAUAAUGAAAAAAGUGUACUUCUAAAUAGAAAAGAUAAAAACAAUUUGUUGGUGUUCUAGUUGGCUAGUGUUUCUAUAUACUGGAGAAGAAGGGAAAGCAUUGCUGCCCCUAUAGCUACUUAAACCAGCAAAUGUCCUGAUUAUGACUUUAGUGAUAUCAUUAGCCAUUCCUUUGCAUGGGAAGAGCAGAUGGAUCUUACGAGCACAGGGGAAGCAGUCGGUAGUGUACUGAAUGUUGUUUAUUUGCUGGGUCGUUGCUGUCUUGCUGUCAGAAAAGGGAAUGAACUUGGUUUGCAGGAUUUAGCAAGGUCGUUUUGAUUUGUCUGUUUUUUUCUUUCUUGAACGUUUGAGUCUAAAACCAGCUUUGUGGCAGAGUACAGUGUAGAAUCACAGUGUGGUUUUUUUCUCGACCAGUGAAAUGCCCAGAGUACCUUUUCCACAAGGCAACGCUGUACCCACGGUAUUGAGAGAGACAGCAGCUGUGGGGCCUAAGAGUCCAUCGUGUUGCUUUUAUAGUCUUACCCAGGUUCUGCCCCAGCCCUCUCUCCCCUGACCCACCCUCCUUAACCCCAGAGAUGCAAUGUUAACAUGCUACAGUUUUACCAAUGUGCCUUUUAGAGUUCAUAUCAUUAAGAGUAAGAGGAGGACAUUAUCUGAACUUUUUAGGAUGCAAGCUUAGGGAACUUGUUAGUCAUUAGGUCUAUGCAGUCAGGUUUUUUAUAACCUGGAAUUAAAAAAAAGUAUUUUUUGGAUAAACUGUAUUUAAUGUACUGUAUGCUUACAUGUAAUUUAGAAGGCGUGUUCCUGAACGACCCUGUUUUGAGUAAAUUACUCCCCAAGUUCCAAGCCCGUUUUCAUAGCGAGAGACACGUCUGUAACUGAGCGUUGUAUUAUAGCUAUAAGCUUUUAUGAGUAAAUGGCUUUUUCAAGAGCCGCUGUAGUCUUCAGUACAGUAUGUGGUUGUAUGUGUAGAACUGAUUUUAUUUUCUCGUUUUUUUAAAACAAAUCUGCGUCUCUAAUGGUUUCUUUGUUAAAACCCAACUGCGGAACGCUGAAGCAGAGACAACAGCAGUGUUCACGUGGUUUAACUUAUCCAAUCAACAUAGGCACUGAAACUGGAAAAUAUAUAUAAAUACAUAUACGGUAAAUAUGGAAGGUGCCAUUUCUAAAGGAGAAAGAGAUUUGGGAUUUGUGUGGUUUCAUUAAGAUGGGGUGAAACACACGAAAGCACCUCAGUGUAACCUUUCUAAAGACAUGGCUUGUGUUGCCCACUGAAGUGCCACAGAAGGAAGUGUUGACUCUCUGUGACAUCUCAUCAACUAGAGACCAUCAUCCACAAGACAAAAGGGACCGGAGUUCCAUCUGCUCUACUUAAUGCUAAUUAGCUGUUAAGGAAACACAGACAUUUGUAAAUUGUAUGCAACAAAUGCAAACUUACCAUUAUUUUGAAAUUGUGUAUGUAAAAGUUAUAUUUUUACAUGUAGACUCUUGUUAUUUUGUGUUUAGAAUACGUUGUAUCAGUUUUUGUUAAAAAACUUUGAAUUCAGUGUGUGUUGAAAAUGUGUCACAUUGAAAAUGUAGUGAGGUUCAAGCUUCAGAAUUUGUUUUUUUUAUUUUAUGUUUAUAUUUUGGGGAACAUUUUUUUUCUGAGGGGGGGGAACAGAGAACAAAAUAAGGUAUUUAAAAUUUUUGUCAUGCUCCAUGCUCAUCUACAUUGCCAUUUUAAUUGUAUUUGGAGAGAAGGAAAUGUGUAUAUAGUCAUCAGAAAUGGGAACAUGUGAAUUUUGCUUGGGGAGGACUGGUUAACACAAGAGAUGUGGAGGUGGAUCAGUUGCAUUAUAUCCAUUUCAUUUUAAUUGCUCACUGAAGUGCCAGCAUAAGUAAAAAAAACAGCAUUAAUAUAUUGUUAAGGCUGACAGCAAAUAUUUUUCCUGUUAUGAUGCGUGGCUGUCUUUGCGAAAAUGACCAAGUAUGUCCAGUACUUUUCUGGUAAUUCAUUUUCACAUUAUGAUUUUAAUUUCAUGUAAAAUGAAUUGGAACCAUUAGAGGCCUAAAUGCCUAUAAAUAAUUAAUGCAAAUCUAUUGUCUAUGACGAGUUUUAAUGAAGCUCAUUUUUCUUUUGCAAUAAAGGUUAUUGUUUUUCGCUGUAAUUAUCUCAUGUCAGAUGCAGGUCUUCAAAAGCUUUCUUGUCAGUUUUGUGCUCCCCAGUGCUCCUGGAAUGAGCAUUGAAGUAUGUAAGCAAAAGAACAGGUUCUAGUGUAAUGUGUCUGUAUUGCAACCCAGCAAGAGAUUGUUGGAGCCUAACCUACUUGUGCUUGAUGGACAAGUGUUUAGUCGAAUGCUUUCUUGGUAUGGCUUAAAGGGUGGGUGUCUGAUGAAUACAAGAUAAGGGCAUUUCUUUUAUUCGUUUGUUUUUACAUCGCGAGCCUAAGCUUGUAAAAAAAAAAAACCUUUUCAACUAUUGUUUAAAAGUCACUGACACGGCUGAGGAAUGAAGGGACAAGUAUUUUUCUGCAACUCCCUGUUAAACAGCUAAAGUUGUCUUAGCAGAAGCAAGUACUGAAUUUAUUUCUUAUGUUUAGAGCACUUAAGUAUAUGUAGAAGAGAUCCCUCUAUUUCAGUGCAAAGAAUAAAUGGGUGAGCUCAGAAAUAAUCUAUGUGUGUGAAAUAGAAAGGUUCCAAUUUGAUUUAUAGUUUUUGCUGUUGAGUUGUUCUCAUUAUAUUUUGUUUGGUUAUUUUGCUAACUAUGAACAAAACACAAGCUUGACCGCCCACCUCUAAGAGAUUUGUUUUCUGUGUAUAAUGUCCAAUAUUUGAUGCAUCAGAUACACAUACAAGCAACAAGUGACAGGUGAUAUUCACUUUGUAUCGUAUUCUAAAAGAGCACUAAACAUUUAACCACACAAGGGGGUGAAAAAACGCUUUUUAAUCACAAGGUUGAUAGCUGCUUAGCUGCUCAAACAACUCUUGUGCUGUAAGACCCAGGACUAAAGAAUAUGGUAUGUGUUUCAUAUUAAUGUAAUGCCAGUUUAACACUUAUUGCUGAAACUUGACAAGGUACAAAAGCAUAGUAACAUGACUUUACUCGAGCUAAGGCUACAUUUUCUGAACAGGGAUGAGAUCAAUAAUUUGUAUCCACUGCCAAUGUUGUCCUAACUUCAGUCAACGGCAGCCAUAUUGGUUGUGACACAGUUCUCAAAGCAGGAGAGGGCAACUGCAAAUGAACUGAUCCACCUCCACUUUUAAAAGAUAAAACACUCCUGACGUUUAAUUUAAAAAUAAAUAUUCUAAGUUUGGGAGAGGGGGGACUGAGGGUUCCAUUUGUCUUCAAUGUAGCUACAAUGAACACUAAGGCCUAUGAACUGUCAAAUCAAAAUUAAGGAUGCAAUUUUUACUGAUCCAGUCUUCCGUUUUGUUUCUUUUUUUUAUUGGAGUUUUUGUUUCCUUGCAUUUUUUAAAAUUGAGGGUGGGGGUGACGGAACCCCUGUUCUAUCUUUCAAGAGGCUAAACUGACAAUGAUGAAAAUGAGAAAGAAUAACUUUCUGUCACUGUUUGAAAUGAAUCUUGAACAAGCACAAAAUUGAUUCAAGUGGCUGACUGGAAAUGCUAAUAUAUAUGUAUAAAUUACAUAGAAUAAUAAAAUAAGCAGGAGGCACCAAGGCUUAUAGGCCAACUACUUCAAUUUGGGUAGACUUUUUGUUUUUCAUGCGUUUUUAAUUCAUCUUUGUGCAGUGCUGGUUUGACCAUGUUCAUUUCAGAGUAUUAUAGACAUAUGUAAUGGUGAAAAUAUAUGAACUGUGGCCUUUUCCAUUCUUCUUGUUACUUGUGAUGCAAUUAAGUGAAGAAAAAAAAUAAGCAGAGAGUUACCAUGUAUCAGUGCCUGGCUUUUUGUUAUAAAGCUUCCUUUGUCUUUGCUCUUUUGCUAUAAAAUAGACUAGUGCACCCUAUUACAAAAAAAGAAAAAAAAACAAAACUAAAAAUUAAAUAUAUUUGGCUUAUUUUUCGCAGGGGCAAUCCUUUUAUACCAGGAAUAUUGAAAAAAAAAGAAAAAAUGUCAGAUUCUGAAUAUUCCUCUUUGUAGAUUUUUGGAAUCAUUCGAAGUAAAAGUUUGUUACUUUAUUUUACUAUUUAAAGAUGUUAUUUUACCAUGUGUUACUGAGACGAAACUGUAUGGUGUUUUCAGUGAUCGACCGCAGACUGGAGUGUGCAGCUUCACGCGUACCUGCAGCAGUGAAAAAAUAAAAACAGUUACACUUUCUUUCCAAUGUGUGGCUGAGUGCCUCAACUUUUUUUCCAUGUUUUUUGGUGUAUUUUUAAAGUUUUUUAUUUUUAUUUUGUUUUUUUUAUUAUUAUUAUUAUUAUUUUGUUUUGUUGUAUUUUUAUUUUUGAUUAGUAGACGUGUCCAAACAGGUUGUGUGCUGGAGUUUCUCUUCAAACCAGCUCAUUGUAGGCCAUCGCCUGUUGUUUUUCAUCUGUAGUUAUUCAAUGAAGUCAUGUACAUGACCGUUCUGUAGCAAUAAAUGUGCCAUUUUUAUAACCUA